AUGUUAGUUUAUUAUUACGAGGUACUCAACUCGAAACUCGCAUUAACUUAUGGUUCUUUGUAUUCUUAUUUUCAGUCUAUCAAAUUUAAGAAGAAUGAAUAUGGAUCAUCCUCGGAGGAACUUACAACAAUUUGCAGCUGUGAUGUAGAGGAGGUACGCCGUAGCCGCAACCUCAAACCCAACUUGGACCAAAAUAAGCUCCACUUAAGUGGAAGCUCGGACGACAGAAACGAAGAAGAUCUAUUGUCAAGGAGAACGUUGCUGCAAAUGGCUGAUGCACAUAUAUUGAUAUUAUUGCUGGAAUAUGCUCCCAAUUCAUUCAACUUCAAUUGA